GCUUUGGAAAUGAUUUUUUUGGUUAUGUGCUAAAUUACUUCUGUACCCCCAAUCCCCAAAUAAAGAAGACACGAGGGCAAGAUGGUAAAUGAACAAGUCCAAUGGCGUUUGUGUAAAUAACCUCCUAUCCGUCAGCACAUAAGCAGUGUAAUGCUACUGCCGUUUGCCAUCUCUCUCUCUCUCUCUUUUUCAUUUCUCAGAUCUGUAGGAUCGUUUCUUUGAAGCUUUAAAACCCUAAAAACGAUUCCUUGCCCUGAAAGAGAAGAAGAGUAUCUGAAUCUCUCUCUCUCUCUGAUAUCACGGAUUGUGUUGGGGGUCUUCAUAUUUUUCAGCUCACCCCGGGAUCGUUUCCAGUUGAGAGUAGUUGGCCAUCUGAUUCUGUGAUCCGCGAUUGAAUCUGAUCCCGAGGAAGAUCCUUUUCAUUUCUGAUCGAUUUUGUGAAGACAACGCGUCGAUUGACCGAGGGAACGAACCAACUCUGACGAUUUGAUCCGCUUGUGUGGUGAUGACUGAAUCUGAUUUGAGAGGAGAAUCUGAGAAAUAUUAGUUUUCUUGAAGUAUUUGACCUCUAGGUUUAUUGUAGUGUAUGAUCUAGUGGAUUUCCAACUGUUGACCGAGUGUUUGCCCCAAUGGAAAUGCUUUUUGUGCCGACAGAACACAGGAAUCAGUGUGAUGGGAGGGUCAAGUCUUAUGGACCUGGUCGUUUCUGGCCAUCUCCAUCGAAAACGUUUAGGCAGAUAAACUGUAGGACAUUUCAGUCCGGGGAAGGGUUGCUCCCAAGGCCAAACAAGGCUUGUUCUACUUCUGUAACAAGAUCUGCUCCUCAGUUUCAGUCUCCUGCUGCUGCUUCUUUGACUAAGUCUCCUUCUCCUCGGUCGGUAUCUCCUCGUGCUAAUCUGAUCUCUGUUGACAACGUUAAAAGCUGCCCGAUUCCAAUCACUAGUAAAGGUUCCCAGAUUGAUGAUAGGUGUUCUAGUGGAUUCCUUGAAGAAAGUAGAAGCCCUUCUAGUUCUGAACUUUGGGCGGGGCCUACUUAUUCCAACUCUCCGCCUCCUAGUUCUGUGCCGAUUCCUAAGUUCUCUCUCAGGCAAAAGAGAACUGUUUCGCUGAAUCUGCCUUCUUCUGAUACUCUUGUUGAUGUUCGCCCAUUUGCUAAAUCUGCACCAGCUUCCCCGACGAGGGAGCACAGCUCUUCUGCUGAAGAAUUCUUUCUAAGCACGGAUUCUGCGACUAAGACACUACGUCGCAUUCUGAACCUUGAUAUCGCAGACAAAUGAGAAGCAGGAGCCUUGCUCUCCUGUAAAUUAUCAAAUAGGGAGCUGGGUUAGCUUUAGUUUGUAUAUAUAAGAAUAAGGUGUUAGUCACCAAGCUGGUGAGUUUAUUUACCUUUUCAUGGUGAUGGUGGAGGAACAAAGUAGCAGUCUUGGCAUUGGCAGGUUUGCAGUUUCUGGUUUUCCUAUGUAGAUGGUGGUGUUAGUGGUGUAGAAUGAGAUCGUGAUUUGAGAAGGUGAUGGACAGGGAGGAAGUAUAUGGAACUUGUGCAGGGAAAUUGAAUGUAUGGGUGACCUGAAUCUUGGUUUGGCAUAGGAUGGCACAACUUACCGGUCUCAAACAUAUUCACUUAGCUUCUUCUUGCCUUGGCCUUCCUAGUUUCUAUGUAGAGCUGUUUAUUCCUGGUAGCUUCUUCUAGAGUAGGAUAUAUAACAUCUUGAUAACCUGUAUAUGCCUUAGAUCUUUGAAUUAGUUCCUGACUAGAUUUCUUUCGAACCUAAACCUCUGUCCCUUCUAAGCCUGUUUCACCCUGGGUAGUACUAGUUCCUAUAGUGUUGUCUUGUAUUUCUGUUUGCGUAGACCUUCUUCUGUUUGUAUCUCUUUUCUUACUUUCUUGGCCUCAGUCCACAUAGUCUCAGUCAUCAAGUCUUCCCUUCCUUCUACACCAUUUCUCUCCAGCCUUGAAAGUGUAAAUCUGUCAUUUGCUCACACCCUGCUAAACCACUCUUCCUCUUCGUCACUUCUCCGUUUUUUUUUAAAAAGAAAAGUGGGAAGAGGUAGUCAGACUAAUCAUCCUCUUUGAUUGUUUCUGCCCGGUAAGUUGUCCAGUGCGGAAUCAUGCUGGUCACACCCAUCGUUCACUUCUCAUACAUCUGCUGAGAUUGCUGCUACUCUUGUUUCUCCUCAUUGCCGGUCUUCCCAAAGGCUCAGUCUCCUCAGAGUUAACCGAUCCUGCUGCACAACUGCUUACUAGGGUACGUAUCGUAGGUGGAUGUGCCUUGCCUGGUUAUGAGCUCUUUUGGUGAUGCCUUGUCUCUGGUCCAUGCUUAGGAGUCUGUUUCAUACUCUGUGUUUUGCCGUUUCCUUUGUGGUCACUUGUCUUUUGUAGCCUUUCAGACAGUGUUUGCGUCUUGUGUUGAUGGACAUGCCCCCCAGUUCCCUUGUUAAUGUCAUUCUCAGUUUUUUUGUUU